GCCGCGCCGCGCUUGCGCCGCCGAGGGCUGGGCUGUUGCUCCCUGACGGGUGGCUGCGGCGGGUCUUCGCCAUGGAGUCCUACGACGUGAUAGCGAAUCAGCCCGUCGUGAUAGACAACGGCUCGGGUGUCAUUAAAGCAGGUUUUGCAGGCGAUCAAAUACCGAAAUACUGUUUUCCAAACUAUGUGGGCAGACCGAAGCAUAUUCGUGUUAUGGCUGGUGCUUUAGAAGGGGACAUUUUCAUUGGGCCAAAGGCAGAGGAGCACAGAGGUCUCCUCUCGAUCCGAUACCCGAUGGAGCAUGGCAUAGUGAAGGACUGGAACGACAUGGAGCGCAUCUGGCAGUACGUGUAUUCAAAAGACCAGCUUCAGACGUUCUCAGAGGAGCAUCCUGUGCUGCUGACAGAAGCACCCCUAAACCCACGCAAGAACAGAGAGCGUGCUGCUGAGGUGUUUUUUGAGACCUUCAACGUGCCAGCACUGUUCAUCUCCAUGCAAGCUGUGCUUAGCCUCUACGCGACCGGGAGGACCACAGGAGUGGUGCUGGACUCUGGGGACGGCGUCACCCACGCGGUGCCCAUCUACGAGGGCUUUGCCAUGCCUCACUCCAUCAUGCGCAUCGACAUCGCCGGCCGCGACGUCUCGCGCUUCCUGCGCCUCUAUCUCCGGAAGGAAGGCUACGACUUCCACACAACCUCCGAGUUCGAGAUUGUCAAGACCAUCAAGGAGCGUGCCUGCUACCUGUCAAUAAACCCCCAGAAGGAUGAGACUCUGGAGACUGAGAAGGCCCAGUACUACCUGCCUGAUGGAAGCACUAUUGAGAUCGGCUCUGCCCGUUUCCGAGCCCCGGAGCUCCUGUUCCGGCCAGACCUGAUAGGGGAGGAAUGUGAAGGGCUCCACGAGGUGCUUGUUUUUGCCAUUCAGAAGUCAGACAUGGACCUGAGGCGAACACUUUUCUCCAACAUCGUGCUGUCUGGAGGCUCCACACUUUUCAAAGGCUUUGGUGACCGGCUGUUGAGCGAGGUGAAGAAACUAGCUCCGAAGGACGUCAAAAUCAGGAUAUCGGCUCCUCAGGAGAGAUUGUAUUCCACGUGGAUUGGUGGCUCUAUCCUGGCCUCACUGGACACCUUCAAGAAAAUGUGGGCUUCGAAAAAGGAAUAUGAAGAAGAUGGAGCUCGUGCCAUCCACCGAAAAGCCUUCUAGCCCUGGGACCUGCCCUCAGUCUCCUCUGAAGACUCACUUCAGUUCUAAACUCGCUUUUCUGAGUCUGAGUGUCUGAGAGCUGCCCGUGUGUGUUUGUGUGCGCCAGCAUGCCCCGAUGUCACUGAGCAAAGACAACAGCAGCAGGAGGGUUGUAUUAGUACUACUAACUUCUUUUUUGUUUUAUUUUUUGUUGUGGCUGGGUAUUUUUUUUUAUGGGAAGGAGACAAUACCAGUCUGAGUCUCUCCAGAGCAGCCCAUUCCUUUUUCAUUUUCAGUCCCUUGGUUUCUGUAUUGCGAUCACAUUUGUCGCUGUAAAAACAAGCAAGUGAAAACAAAGGGAACAGCUCGUGGAAACUGUCCAGGAAGCAGAAGGGAGGCAGCCCUGCAGAUGGCUCACACAGGCCUCAGCUAGGGACACAGAGCUGAGGCCCCCUGGCUGCUUUCUUCUUCAGCAGUGUCUUCACCAUCAGGAGGUUUUUGAAGUUGUUUUUAUUGUAUUUUUUUAUUAAGAGAAAGCACAUUCUCAACAGUUAAGUCCGUUUGCCCCCACUGUUUUUGGUGUAUGAGUGUGUGUAUGCGUGUGUCACUUCUUAGCCCCAUGGGGUGGGUCUGCACCACGGCUGGAGAAGUUGGUGGUAGGACUUAGUCUGUAUUGCAUGGAGUAGAGCAAAGCAAAUCUAAUCAGCUGUCAUUGUACUAGACGGUUAUUCUCUCGUACCUUGUUUUAAAUACCUUUUCUCCUCUGGAAGCAAGUGCCCCGGAGUGGGGGUGAAGGCACUUGUGUGUUCCCCCUCAACCUGCCAAGAUCCACAACGCUGAGGUUUCAUGUUCUUUCUCUGUAAGAGUCGAGGCUGUUUCCCUCCUUCCUGCCACGUCAGGGCAAAGGGAGCAUGUAUUUGCAGCCAGGCAUAACUCCUGUGUACUAUAUCCAUUCUGGGGCAAAAUAAUAAUUGGAAAGGUGCAUUGUAAUGUAAGAAUUGUUUUAUUUAUUGAAAUGGGUAUCUCAAAUACUGACCACAGCACCUGGGAAUUAUGCUUUGGGUCUUUUUUGAACGCCUGUUGCCCAGCUACCACUGUUGGAUGGUAACGCUGUAGCUCACCUGCGCUGCAGAGCCACCCCCCCUCCCACCCCCCUCGCCUGCUCCUGGGGAGCCCCAUGGCUCUCUAGGAAACCCCUACCCCCAGGACAAUGAACUGCAUCAGGACCUUGGUGUGCACAGCAGGUUUGUGAGCAGGAAGCUGUCACUGUAGCUUGUGUGCCUUUUGGCUACCUGGCUUUGCUUCUGCUGCUCAUACAGCCAUGGGCAGGCCCACGGCCACGCUUGGGUCAGGCUCUGCCACCCUUUUCCCUUGAGUUUUUUCCUCUGCAUUAUUUGGUGCUCUUUCAGUUUUUCCCCAUUCUUAACUUUUCUGCAGCAGCAGUGGAGCUGGAGUUGCUCAGUGGCAGUUCCUCCCUCUUCCCCUCCCAUCUGUUCGUGCCCACCCAUUGCUUUGGGGUCACUCUGGGUGCAGAGCUGGGGUGGGAGCUGCAGGAGAGGGGAGCAGCAGUGCUUUGCCCCUGCAGGAAUCAGGUCCUCUGGGAUCACCACUGGGGAUGGGUCUCUUCCCAGCCCAGACUGCUUGUGCACCUUCCCCCUCAGAGCAGGCAGGGGGUUUUAAGUUAGAACCUGUCAGGUAGAACAGAGCUGUCUGUGCUCAGCUGCCUUCUGCUGGAUAAUCCAUUGCAUUCUUGCUGGUUUGCUGCAGAGGGGAAGCAGCAACCCCCCCCUCUCAGUCUCCACAUGCCCCCAGGCAGGGCCAGUGCUCUCUUUCCCUGCUCCCAGCCCCGCUGCUGGUUGCACAAGCAGCAGUGCUCCAUUUUGUAACCUGCAGUGACCUGACAGAAAGGGGCCAUCUCCGAUCUAGCGUUCAUUUAUCUGCCUGUUCCCUCGCACACUGUCCAAACCAUGUUGCCUGGUGGUGCCCAGCAUACUUCAAUAAAGUCAUUCAUUAUACAA